UUGUAAAUGUCAAAAAAAGAAUCUGAAAGCAGCUGUGCUUGUGCUUGGACGUGUUUUCGUUAGAUUGAUUCGAUAUUUUCCCAAAAAUGGCUAUGUGAGACCGUAACAAAGAAGAAAACUAGAUGUGAAACGCGCAAACAAUAUGUCUAGCCGUCGGUCUAUACUCGGUUCGGCGCUUGACUCGUUGCCUCCGCCCACAGAUCCUCUACGCGAAUUGUUCGAAGCUUGUAAAACAGGUGAUGCUGCGAGGGUGAAAAAACUAAUUUCACCACAAACAGUGAACGCGAGAGACACAGCUGGAAGGAAAUCCACUCCUCUACAUUUCGCUGCUGGUUAUGGGCGCAGGGAAGUGGUAGAGAUCCUGAUAUCGGCGGGCGCGGCGCUGCAGGCGCGCGACGACGGCGGGCUGCAGCCGCUGCACAACGCGUGCUCGUUCGGGCACGCGGACGUCGUGCGGGCGCUGCUGGCGGCCGGCGCCGCUCCCGCCGCCCGCGACAACUGGGGCUACACGCCGCUGCACGAGGCCGCCGCCAAGGGCAAGGUGGACGUUUGUAUCGCGUUGCUGCAACAUGGCGCCGAUCCGAAUAUACGCAACACCGAGGGCAAAACGCCGUUAGACCUCGCAGACGCCGCCACCAGGCCCGUCCUGACGGGCGAGUACUGCUCGAUGGAGGUGCUGGAGGCGGCGCGCGCGGGCGCGGAGGAGCGGCUGGCGGCGCUGCUGACGCCGCUGAACGUGGACGUGCACGCCGCCGACGGCCGCCGCUCCACGCCGCUGCACCUCGCCGCCGGCUACAACCGCGCGCGCGCCGUGCGCCUGCUGCUGCAGCGCGGCGCCGACGUGCACGCCAAGGACAAGGGUGGGCUGGUGCCACUUCACAACGCGUGUUCCUACGGCCACUACGAGGUGACGGAGCUACUGGUUCGCGCAGGAGCUGAUGUCAACGCGACCGAUCUGUGGGCCUUCACGCCCCUACACGAGGCCGCUAGUAAAGCCAGGCUGGAGGUAUGUUCCCUGCUGCUGAGCGAGGGCGCUGACCCGACUCUGUUGAACUGUCACGGCAAGUCGGCGCUAGAUGUCGCCCCCACGAGGGAGCUGCAGGAGAGACUAGCUUUCGAGUACCGCGGCCACUGUUUGCUGGAGGCGUGUCGCCUGGCCGAGCCGGGGCGCGUCAAGAAGCAGCUCUCCACCGCCUCUGGGUCGCACCAGGGCGGGCAGGCGUCGAGCGGCGGCAGCACGGCGUCGCUGCCGGGCGAGUGCGCGGCCGAGGCGCUGGCCAACUUCACGCACGCGGCCUCCGGCGACCGCCCGCUGCACUGCGCCGCCGCCAGCGUCUACCCCAAGCGGAAGCAGGUAAUGGAGAUACUGAUAAGGAAAGGCGCGCGAGUGAACGAGAAGAACAAGGAGGGCCGCACGCCGCUGCACGUCGCCACCGAGCAUGCGCACCUCGACGCCAUGGACCUGCUGCUCAGGCACGGUGCGAAGGUGAACGCGAUGGACGGGCGCGGCGAGAGUGCACUGUCGCUGGCGGCGCGGCGCGACGCCGCCGCCGCCUGCCGCCUGCUGCUGGCGUGCGGCGCCGACGCCCGCCCAGACCUGCAGCAGCACCAUCCGCAGCACCCGCCGCACCAGCAACACCAGCAGCCCGACGCCGAGUCGUGCGCCAGUAGCACCGCGGGCGGCGGCGGCGGCAACAGUGCCGGCGCGGCGCUGCGGCUGCUGGAGGCGGCGCGCGCGGGCGACGCGGAGACCGCCCGUGCGCUGCUGGACGCGCGGCCGCGGCUCGUCAACUGCCGCGACCUCGAUGGCCGCCACUCCACGCCGCUGCACUUCGCCGCCGGAUAUAAUCGACUGCCGCUUGCACAACUGUUGCUACAAAGGGGAGCCGACGUCCACGCGAAAGAUAAAGGUGGGCUGGUACCUCUACACAACGCGUGUUCAUACGGCCACUACGAGGUGACGGAGCUGCUGGUUUCGGCCGGGGCGGGCGUGAACGCAGCCGACUUGUGGCGGUUUACACCGUUACACGAGGCCGCCGCUAAGGGGAAGGCGGAUAUCGUCAGGUUACUGCUCAAGCACGGCGCGGACCCGAGCCGCCGGAACCGCGACGGGCUGACGCCGCUGCAGCUGGUGCGCGCCGGCGACACCGACACGGCGGACGCGCUGCGCGGCGACCAGGCGCUGCUCGACGCGGCCAAGCGCGGAGACCUCGCGCGCGCCAGGAAAUUAAUAACCCCGCAAAAUGUGAACUGUAGAGACGCCCACGGGAGGAACUCGACUCCAUUGCAUUUAGCUGCCGGCUACAACAAUUUGGAGGUGGCGGAGGCGCUACUGGAGGCCGGCGCUGCGGUGUCGGCCCGCGACAAGGGCGGGCUGGUGCCUCUCCACAAUGCAGCCUCGUACGGCCACCUCGAGCUGGCCGCGUUGCUGCUCCGAGCUGGUACUCCGCCCAACGCUGCCGACAGAUGGGGUUUCACACCAUUGCACGAAGCGGCGCACAAGGCUCGAACGCAACUCUGCGCGUUACUGCUCGCCCACGGCGCGGAUCCAUACCUCAAGAACCAGGAAGGCCAGACGGCGCUGGACCUGGCCGGCGCCGAGGACGUGCGCUCGCUGCUGCAGGACGCGAUGACGGCGGCCGCGGGCGACGCGCCGCCGCCGCCGCUGCCGCCGCCCCUGCCCCCGCCGCAGGUGCCCGUGCUCAUGCCGAGCGGGGACACCGUUCCCUUAACACUGCCUGUAGUGCCAAGCAAUUACUGGGCGGAGGGCUCCAGAGGCAGCCUCGAGGACGCGGCGGGCAGACCGGCGUCGGCACUGUCCACCUCGGAAUCUCUACAAACGUUCCUAUCCAGCAUCGGCCUGGAGCAGCUGUCGUCGGUGCUGGAGCGCGAGCAGAUCACGGUGGACAUCCUGUCGGAGAUGUCGCACGAGGACCUGCGGGCGGUGGGCGUGGCCGCGUACGGACACCGCCACCGCCUGCUCAAGGCCGCCCGCCACUCGCUGCACGCCGCCGCAGAAUGGUACGGCGGCACGACCCUGAUCGAGGUGACGCCCAACACGGACGCGGAGUGCGGCGAGAGCGAAUACGCGAUAGUGGAGAGGGAGAUGCAGGCGUCGGUGCGCGCGCACCGGGACCACGCCGGCGGACACUUCAGCCACUACAACGUCGUCAGGAUACAAAAGAUAGUGAACGGGCGGCUGUGGGAGCGCUACCAGCACCGGCGGCGCGAGGUGGCGGAGGAGGCGGGCGCGGCCAACGAGCGGAUGCUGUUCCACGGCUCACCCUUCAUCAACGCCAUCGUGCAGAAGGGCUUCGACGAGCGCCACGCCUACAUAGGUGGCAUGUUCGGCGCCGGCAUAUACUUCGCGGAGCACUCGUCCAAGAGCAACCAGUACGUGUACGGCUUCGGAGGCGGCUCCGGGUGUCCGGCGCACAAGGACCGGAGCUGCUACUUGUGUCACAGACAAAUGCUGCUGUGCCGCGUGACGCUGGGCCGCGCGUUCCAAUUGCUGAGCGCCGCUAAGAUGGCGCACGCGCCGCCCGGACACCACGCCGUCGCCGGCCGACCCUCCUCCGGCGGGCUCUGCUUCCCGGAGUACGUCGUCUACCGCGGCGAGCAGGCGUAUCCUGAAUACCUGAUCACCUACCAGAUUGUAAGCGGCGAGAACAACACUGGGGCUGUGUAGUGACAGACGGACAGAAAACCGGUGUAUGGACGACUAUUUAAGACACGAGAUAUUUAAAAUUCAAUAAUACGAGAGACAUUUAUUGACCAAACCUUAUAAUAUAAAGAGGAGAAAAAUUCAAUUUUUUGCACAAGUUUGUUUGUUUGUUUGUAAUGGAUAAACCUAGAAACUACACAAACCACUACUACCUGACUUUGUACAAAAGUCGAUUGCUCGGGUACCUCUGUCCCAUUCGUGUUUCAACCGUGAAGCAGUUGUGUUUGCAUGGCUGUGUUUCGGUUUGAAGGGUGGGAUAUGGCAGUGAAUUUACAGGGUACAGAGGAAUAACAUCUUAGCCCUCAGGAAUAGCAAUGCAUGUUUUUUUUUUGUAGAUUGCAAUUGAGCCCGAAAAUUUGGAAUUUCAUUUCAUGGUAGACCCGAUGUUUUGUCUCUUUCUCUCGUGUUAAAUUCUAAAUUUGAAAGUGACAAUACAGUGUAAUUACUCAAAGCUGGUUUGUAGUAAAUUUUAGUUUUUAUGAAUAAGGGGGCUAUAUUUUUCCCUGCAUUAUAUUCAGUGUUGUCAUACGUUGCGUUUAAUAAUGAAUAAAUUAAUUUUUUUAUUAAAUAAUUAAAACUGAUUAAAAUAAAUAUUAUAUUAAUAAAUGUACAGUUAAAUAUUAAUUCAUUUAAACUGAAUUUAGUAUUCACAAUAUAUAUACAUAUAUAGAAUUAUGGUUACCAAGUGUGGGGAUUGAACAUAGGCCUCCCCCCUAAGUGGAGUUUUGUCAGUAGAUGCCACGCUUGAUGGGCUAGUUGGCAACUUAGUCUUUGAUGUUUUAAAAGGUACGCUGCUGGAAAAAAAAUAUUGUGUUUCUACCGUAAAGCAGUUGUAUUUGCAUGCCUGUGUUUCGGUUUGAAUGGUGGGAUAUGGCAGUGAAUUUACUGGGUACAGAGGAAUAACACCUGAGUCCUCAGGAAUGGCAACGCACGGAAGGUAUCAUGGGUGAAACAGUAUACUCUGUUAUGUCCACGUAUUCGAUGCGGCUGAAGGAACAAUUCAAAAUUUCACAGUACUGCUCAUGUCUAUAGGCGACGAUUACCACUUUCCAUCAGGUGGGCCGUCAGCUUGUUUGCCAUUCUAAGUUGUAUAAAAAUACAUCUAAAAGGUAAUAUGCAAAGAGUAUUACAUAAAAAAAAAAAAUAUUGUAAUUUUUAAAAUUAAUUUAAAAUUCGUUUCGAUUGAAUUCGAUUCGUUGUACUUCCGUAAUCAGUUGCAAGUCCAUACACCGGUAACAGAUCGUGUAGUGAUUUGUAAAUGUAGUUAUUUUUUUUAUAAUUAAUAUUUGUAUAUAUUAUUAAUAAAGUUAUUUUUUGGCAGCUGCUAAAUCGUCA